AUGAAAAGGAAGCAUCUCUCCUCCGUUGCCAACGAUGUUGUGCAGAGAUGUGCUCAGGAAUUAGCCAUCUCUGUCGACACGUUGGUACGAGAAUUUGAAGGAAGUUGGAAUAUUGAAAGUAGUGGUUAUUCGAGGAAAUUUGUGGAAUUUUGUUGCACAAAAGCUCUUACUCAGUUGUGUCAAUACGUCAAAGAAAAGGUUACUAAUGGAUCAUACAGUCGUUUCACAUUUGACAUGAUGCUUUCGUGGGAAAUGCCUAGUUCAGAAGACGAAGAGGCUUAUACAAAGUGUGUGGGAAAGGAGAGAGAAGAGAAGAAAAUUCAAGUGAAUAUUGGUGAAGAACAAGAUGACAUCCCUCUUUUCUAUUCCGACAUAAUGCCUCUUCUGGUUGAUCAUGGACCAAGUAUCGGAGAAGAUACAUUUGUGUGGUUGGGCUCGUUAGUUCCGUUGGCAGUUGACAUGGUUAAUGGGAGAUUCACAUUUGAAACUCUAACAGCAUCAAACAGGGAAACCGGCUACAUUUUCCUGCCCUAUGAUUUGUUCAUAAAGGAAAUUUACAGAUGCGUAAAGCAUUUGCAAAAACAACAGAAGCCGAAAGGAGUUGAAAUGGCUGAUGAUGAAUUUAUACUACAUGUGGAAAGAACUGCAAGCUCUCAGAGAGUAGUGCGCCAUAUCGGAGGCACAAGUUGGCCCGGUAGGCUCACGCUAACUAACUAUGCCCUCUACUUCGAGGCUUCGGGAGUAAUAACUUACGAAGAUGCACUCAAGAUUGACCUGGCAAAGGAUACUGAUCGCAGCGUGAAACCAGCUCAAACAGGUCCAUGGGGUGCUCCACUUUUUGACAAGGGCAUAUGUUAUGAGUCAUCUGAACUAUCAGAGGCAAUUGUCCUCGAGUUCCCGGAGAUCACAAGCUCAACAAGACGAGAUCAUUGGCUAGCACUUAUUAAGGAAGUUAUGUUAAUGCACCAAUUCUUAUCAGAAUUUAAGGUGGAGUCUCCGAUACAAGAAUGGGAGAUGCAUGCUAGGACAAUAUUAGGGGCUAUAAGGCUUCAUGCAGCAAGGGAAAUGAUCAGAAUUUCUCCCCCUGAUCCAAGAAAAUUCUUAAUAUUUGCGUUGUUUGACGAGAUUCCAAAGGGAGAUUAUGUGCUAGAAGAACUUGCAGAGAGCUUAAAGAGGGUUAAAACUGGACAUCCUUGCAGUGCCAGCUCAAUAUUGAGGAGUAUGAACUUGUCAGAGUCAACUCUUUCAAGUGUAGAAGUAAAUGAAAAUGAUGAGGGAGAUAGAAUUGUGAUGGAGAAAGAUGAAAAGAAGUCGUCACUGGAAACUGCUAUCGAUAAAUCUUGGGAAGAAGCAAAGGAGGUUGAGAUUGCUAAAGCUACCACUGAGGAACUGAAAGAGGAAGGAAUAAGCGAAAGUGCUGUUAUUCUCAUGGAAUUAGUAAAGCCACUUAAAGAUGCAUUACCUUUGUUUCAGAAACUACUUUCAUGGGAAAAGCCAUUAACCACACUCUCUGCGUUUGUUCUGAGUAUUAUAAUAAUCUAUAAAGAAUGGGUAGGCAGGGCUAUAACUGCAAUUCUGUUAUGGAUUGUGGCAAAAAUGCUUCGGGCAAGACAGGAGAGAGUUCGAGAUAAAUGCAAUGAGAUAAUCGUGAGCACUGCCACGGGCCAAACUUCAUUGGAGAGCAUAUAUCUGCUCAUAUGGAUUGAUACCCUUCACGAAUUGAUGCAGGAAGCAAAUGUAGCAAUACUGAAGAUGUGGUCAAUAUAUGUUUCAAAGGCUUACAAGCACGCGAACAUGGUGAUGAUGGUGUUAAGUGGGUUGGCAAUAUUAUUCGCAGUGAUUCCCUUGAAGUUCAUUAUUAUCGUUGGUGUAUCCUAUUUGUUCGUUAUGUGGUCGAGCUUAAUGAAGUCCACGGAUAGCAAGCAAGCUGAACGAAGACUAAAAGAAUGGUGGGAUUCGAUCCCGGUAAUUCUUGUUCGGGUGGUAUCAAACCAGAUACCGGACAAUCCGAAAAUAGUUUGA